UCGCUAACCUUGCAAUAAACAUCGCAUCUUUCGCGAUAUGUUACACACUCCAUUAUACCUUGUAAAGAGACAUAAACUGUAAUUAAAUCACACGCCUUUUUAUCAUAUUAUAUGAAACCGGCUCCGAACUUGACCUGUGAUUGUUUGUCCGAACUGUCAGUGCGCGUGUUGUGCUUUAUCGAUAACAUAACCUGUACGGCUUCAAGGGCACGGCAGACCAUUGCUAGUUUGUAGUGUUUGGAUGCGGUGUUGCAGAGCUAUGCGAACGGAUCUAUUCUAGAUGUUCUUGUAAAUGUAAGUGGGCGUAUUCGAAAGUUUGAAAAUCGAUCGGGUGACGUGCGUGCGUGGGAUUGCGUUUACGUAAUCUUUGUUUACCUUGGGAAUAUGCACUGUGCAGACUGCUUACUGUGAUUCCUGUCAUUUGACAACACCACAACUCCUGUAAUUGACUCGAGACAUAGGUCAUUACCAUUAUUGAAUAGAAGGUAUCUGGAAUGAUCCAUAUUAACAAAGAACACUACCGGCCACCAGAUCGGAUGUCCAGGUCGUGGGCGUGAAAUGGCACGCGCGGGCAUGCUGCACAGGGGUGGUGGAAAAAAUGGAGCCGAAGGGUGCGAUGAUGUGCAGCGAUCAUUGGAGCUACUGGACCAAGUACUGAGUGAGUACGACGAGGGGGAACCCAGGUCGCUGGAGGCGCGCGCGCCGCCCACACCCGCUACACCUGCCACCCCCGCCACGCCUGCCACCGACGACGACUCACCUCUUGCAGGACAUACCUCCGAGGACGAUGGAUACAUGAGCAUGAACGGCAGACGGGCGAAGUUUGCGCUUGGUUUCCAUCCGACCGAGGAACACGAAGAGCCUUCGCCGCCUGAUCCGCCAUCGCCGCACUCACCGCCACCACCAGAAGAGGCACAAAGAAUCAUAUCUACACUACUUCCAAAAGUGUCGCCGGCGAAUUCUGCAAAACGAAAUCCGCUGGUCGAGCCUGAUCCCGAGGGAAAAUUAGAUUCAAUCAUUAGUGUAAACGGGAUCACUACAGCAACACAAACAACUUUUCCAAAAACAAGACAUCAGCGUCCGUAUGGUUGGGAAAAGGAUGGUGAUAUAAACGGUUUCCACCUCCAGCAACCACCGGUAUCAGCAUACCGGUUCUCCUCAUUGCAGCACGGCUCGCGACCGCCGCAGCCUGAAGGUGCCCUCGCCUGGUUACCUCCAAGACACACUGCACCUCCAACAAAUCAAAAGAAAUCACCUAGUAUUGAAAAUCCACCAGUUAUACCUUUUAUGGGAUUCUCGAGCGAAUUUAAUGAUAAGCCGUAUAAUGAACAUCCAGUUACAAUAUAUCCAGGACCAAAUAUACAAUAUAAUAAGCAAUUACACUCGCCCACAUACAGCAUACAGAAAUUAUCACCUUCCAAUACUAAGGGCUCUGAGAAGAAAAACAAUAUGAAACGCGACAGUAGGUCCGACGGAGAGAUGCUGUCGCCCAAAGGUAGAAUACCUCCUCGUACUCUCGCAGGUUCUAUGGAGAGGCAUAGAGAAGUGUGUAGAGGCUCUACGGAGGACGUAAUGGAGGGAAGCAGGAGGAGAAAUUCUGGUAGAAGCAACGACGACGAGCACUUUUCAGACGAUUCGCUGGAAGAAUCUUUCCCGCCGCCGCCGCCUGCAGUUACGACGCCUUCGAAACGCAAUUCCAUAGCUUGGGAAGUGUCCCUCGAUGGUGAUGAUCCUCUAUUAACUCCAGGAAGUACUAAGGUAAUUGGCAGACGAAGAAGAAAGUCCGGUGAUCAGUCACAUUCUAGUACGAGUUCCAUACCCCAACGUUUGGAUGACGAUUGGGGAGACGAUUACUGGCCACCUCCUCCACCCCUUACACAUUGUGAACCUCUUGCUUCUCCUACUUCAGAUAUUGAAGCAGACAGCAGACGUCAUCAGGAUCUAGCAUGUGGUACAUACGUUAUAAGAAAGGGCAAAAAUCGAAAACAGUUACCAAAUUUCAAUAAAAACACAAGUAAGCAAUCCAAUGCCAGCAACUUACUACAUAGUCAUAGUUUAAACAGAAGUUUAGAUACAGACAAAUCAAUAGAUGGAUCAAGUUUAUCAAUCAGUGGAUCAGGGUCUGUAGGGUCAUAUAAUUCUAGACCAAGUUCAGAUCUAAGUCUACCUCAGUCUCGGUACAGUAUCGAUUUAAAUUCACGGUUAAGUCGAGAACUCAACACGCCUAACUCUAGGUAUAGUAUAGAUCUUUGCACCCCAAAUUCCAGAUUGAGCAAAGAAAUGACUUCACCCAAAUCGAGACUUAGUUUAGAUCUUAAUAAUAGUCAAGAUAGAUACAUUGUUCAGGACUAUUUUGGUCAUAGUCCUAAAAGUAGAAAAAUACCUAGUGAUAAAAACUCGCAUUCUACAAAAAGUAAUGUGAUCCAAAGUAAGUUAUCUCCACAAAAUAGAUUCACUGAUUUCAAAAAGUACUCGUCUACUUUUGAUAAUAUACAGUCGUUGAUUAAAGAAGGUAAAGUUGAAGAAACGUCUCAAGUGGAAUGUAAUGAAACUGUGAAUGAACUGAAUACAGUGCCUCCUAAUAUGGUAAGAGUUGUUUCAUUGCCUAGUUUGGGUGCGGAAGUAGAGAGCAAUAGUGCCAGUCGCCAGGCACUUAUUACCACUGUCGAAGAGGAGGAAGACCAGGAAAGCGCAGAACCUGAGUCGAGUGGCGAGACAUCGCCGCUCCGAAAGAUUGAAAACAAUAUUAGCGCUAUACUAAAUCAGGGUCGGGACCAAAAACAUUUUACUCCAUAUAUACCUAAAGACUGGAAUAUACAUAAGGAUGAAUACUGUGAUGAUGUAUCUAAAGAUAUAUUAGAAAACAAUUUCCGUUAUAGUUCUAGAGAAAGACAAAAAAAAUACGACAUACAAAAAUCGUCAAGUCAUAAUGAGAUACAGAAUCAAAGGUCAAUAGAACGGCGUGACCGCUCUUCAGGAAGAAGAUCGAAUAGUAUGCAUAAAUCGACAAGUGCAAAAGAUGUACCAGUUAGUUUAAUCAGGCAACCGUCAUCGUCGGAUUCAGCAGUAUCAAGUGGUGGUGACUUCCCUUUGAAUGUUCAGAUCGUAGAACACUCGUACAGGCAUCAUCCACUACCGCCUUCACCCAAUUUGGGUCACGAUAUGGGGCCCUUGCCACAGACUCCAGAAUCUCCCAAAUUCCCCCCACUUCCACCCUCACCAGUACAAGAAGUGGAGGAUGAAUACACAGAAAUAAUGCAACCCACAGAAAAACGUCAUGCUAAGAAAGCAGAUACAUUGCCAACACCAACCAUGGAUUGCAGAAGAAGACCUUCUGAACCUCCCGCAAUUCCGCCACAUCGCGAUACCACAAAUAGCCUGAAGACGAGAUCUAUGGAGACUAGCUAUAAUAAAAACCGAAGAAGCAGUAACUUCAAAACUGGUUCAACAGAUAGAAGAACUUUGCCAACAGAUAUAGGAGCGAGUGGAGCCAGGAGGCGCACAUUGCAACGACAGAGUCGAGAAGCGGCGGCGGCUGGGCGCGGUCCCCUACAGACGUCGGCGAGCCUGCCCGAGACGCCAGUAUUCGCUCGUGGCUGCGAUGUACCCCGUACGCCACCCAGAAACUCUACUGGACCUCCCAGAAAUAGUACCAUGAACUCUAUGCAAUCCAUAGGAAGCAGUGUAACACUAGGUGGCUACGGCCGAGGUUCGGUGAUGGGCGCGGGCGGCGUGUGCACGGGCGCCGACCUCCUGAGGUUGGGCGGGCCCCCACGCGGCUGGUACCCGCGCCAGAGACAUCGGCCGGCUUCAAUCGAGCACUUGGAUAGACUAACUGCAUCUAAGAUGGCGUCUGAACAGCCUCCUCAGUGGGAAGGAUCUGGUGCUCGGAAACCCCUAACAUUGCCACCGAACUUAACGCCUAAGUUCUUCCAGAAGUCACCUAGAGAGGCGCUCCGCAGGGUUACUAGUUUAUUAAUACGGAAAGGGAACAACAACGGGAAAGAGAAAGAAAGUUCUCGAAGCAAGGAGGCAACUUCACCAGCGGCCCGCUCUGCCAACGGCGAGGAACAUCCAGGACAGAAACAACGCAAAGGAUUUUUCAGAAGCCUUUGGAAGAAAUCCCGUCAUUAUUCAUUAGAACAUCCGUGAAGUAUAAAAAGCAUAACGUAACGAAAUAACUUUUCGUGUACGCUUAUUGUCAUCAUGAAAGAAAUUAUUGGCUAGUUUUUAACGAUGAACAUUCAGUGGAAAUAUAACAGUAAAUACCUACAUAGUUUUACAAUACCAAUACGAUGGUCGAGCCCUUGUUUUCCAUGAUUUGCACUAAAUAUUUGAUACUGUAAUUUCUUGUUCAUUCGAUUAAAUAUAAUAAAGUUAGUAAUGUAUGUAUAUUGCAAGUAGUUCAUAAUGUGGUUAAAAAGAUGAUAUUUCUAUACGAUUGGAGCCAAAUGAGAAAGCCUAAUUUGUUACGAGAAAUAUACGAUGCCUACUCGUUUUUAAUGCUUGCAUGUUCGUUUCAGAAAACGUACCCUAGUUUUAAAAGUAAUGUGUUGGCGUAAUGAAGUCACGUGUUAAGUUAAAAUUUGUAUAGUGGUAUAUUACUUUGUCUUAUCAAUAGUCAUAUUGAUGCAUAAUUUAUUUGUAACUAUUAAUAAGGUACUUAUGUAUUGCAAUCACAACUAAAUAUUUCCUUUCUUAUAAAUAAAUAUAUAGAAUUGUAGAAAUGUAGAUAACCAUGUAGUAAGUACAGUUGAAACGUUGUUUCGUCUCAUCCCUCUGUGUAGAAAUUAAUUUGUGAUACAACUUAUUUUCGCAAUUAUACAGAGAUACACAUGUGUAUUUGUAUUUAUACCUAACUUAAUCCGUCAGAACUUACUUUUAUUUUUGGUGUAGGAUAUUAGAUACCAUGAGAUACGAUCCUCUGUAUGAUGUAAUUUUAAAGAACCAAGAUCACUUGCUAGGCUAUUGCUACAAGUUUUAACAUUUUAUACCAAUCCUUGUAUUCGAGUGUACUUAACUCUUAUUAUAGAUUUUGUCAAAGGAAAAUAAAUUAUGUUCAUUAGCAAUAACAGUUGGUUUCAAUUUUUACCUUUACCUACUCUAUAUGUCAAGGGAUAAGGAAAGAAAAGAAUUUCUAUAAUACAAAUCAUUUUAUUAUUAGAUAGACACAGUUCCCAUCGCUUAUCAGAAACAAUGUACAAAGCUAUAGUAGUAAUAUCAAAAUAUAAACAAUAUGCACCCUUCGUUUACUGCAAGCCUUGUUUGAGGGUAA